AUGGAUAAGAACGUGUGUGAAAAGUUCGAGAAUGUAUGGGAUAAAUUUCCUGAUGUAUUGAAUAAUGGAGAAUAUGAAUUUAAAGAUAAUAAUUUCUUAGAUAGUUAUUGUUUUAAAUAUAAAUGUGAAGGUGAUCUCGAUAAAAUUAAUGCCGGAUUUUUUUAUUUGCUUAAUCAAUUCAUUGGGAGUUCUGGGUCAUCGCGUUAUGCGCAAAAUGAUAUAAAUGUUGUUGAUUAUAUUAUUCUAUGGUUAAGUUAUAUGUUAAACUUAAAACCAGAAGGAAAUAUAAGCAAUCUACAAUAUUUUUAUAGUACAACUAUAAAUAAUGAUAGGUAUAAAAGUUCUGUACCUGAUGCUACAGAAUAUAAAAAUUAUAAGGAUCUUAUAGAUAAAAAAAAAUAUUUUUUGGGUAUGGAUAGAAAUAUUAUAUCUGAUUUUUAUGAAGCAUUUAAAUUAAUAUGUGAAAUGUAUACUAAUUUUAAUGAAACGAGAUCAAAUUGCUCAUUAUGUUCAGAAAAUGCUAAUAAAUUUGUUAGUAAAUAUAAAGAAAUGAAUAAAAAUUCUAAUAUUACUAGUAAUAGUUCCUAUAAACAACUAUUGUCUACUUUAUUAGAUGAUUAUAAUAAAUUUAAAAAUUAUUGUAAUAGUAAAGGUGGUAAUUGUAAAAACUAUCCAGAGCUUCCAACGAUAGAAGAAAUACAAGCUUCUGCACAAAAAACUGUACAAAUUUCUGAAGAUACAUCAUCAAGUUCGUCGAUAACAACCAGAUUAUUUACAGUUUUAUCGAUAUUUGGUGCAAUAGCAUUUUUUUUAGGAAUUUCAUAUAAGUAUUCGUUAUUUGGAUUUCGGAAACGAUUUCAAAAACAAAAAUUAAGAGAAAAAAUAAAAAAUAUAAAGAAGAGAAUAAAUCAUUAA